AUGGCUCCACCAAAACCAUUCCCGGGCUUCACCCCGAUAUCCGAUCGAGUAUACCUUCGCAAUGGCCACGAGAACGCCAAACCCUCCCCAGCCGACGAACCAACCACAAUCCUCAUCUCCGGCUGGGGCGACGGCCAACCCAAACAUGUCACCAAGUAUGCCGACGGCUUCCACGAGCUAUACCCAUCCGCCCGCAUCAUCGUGAUCCUAUCAACAACCUUCCAAGCCUCCAAUCAGCUCGAAGAAGCCAGAAUCCAAGCCAUGCUCCCCGUCGUCGACACCAUCUUCCCCACGCCCACCGGCAGCGGCGAAAAGGAGCGUUUGCUGGUGCACGCUAUGUCGAACACCGGCGCCAUCUUCGCCGCCGCAACGGUCAUGGCAUACCAGCGUCGUCACGGCAAAGACAAGCCCUUCCCGCACCACCUCAUGGUCCUGGAUUCCACGCCGGGCAGUCUGAACUUCCCGUCCCAGGUGAGCCGGUGGUCGCGCGCUAUGGCGGUCGGCACGGCGAAGUUCUUCCCGUGGCCGUUCAUCAUCACGCACGGCCUGUGGUAUGCUUUCCUCUGGGUGAGCUAUUUGUGGGGGGCAAUGUGUCGCAUAGUGCCAUCGGGUGUGUGGGCGGAUCUGAUCAUUAAUGACAAGGCCUGUGUCACGACGGAAUCGAGCAGAUUGUAUCUGUAUUCCAAGGAAGAUGAGAUUAUUGGAUGGCAGGAUUUGGAGGAGAAUGUUGCUCGUGCGAAGACUUUGGGGUAUAAGGCUGAUUUGGAGAUGUUUGAGGGCACCCCGCAUGUGGGACAUAUGCGAGUUCAUCCUGAGCAGUACUGGAACAAGGUGUCCAGUGCUUGGAAGCUGGCUAUUGAGGGGAAAUAA